CGUUGGCUGCAUUGACACGAUAUAGGAUACAGGUGAUAUGUAUAUGUCAUCUAUGUAAUAUCAGCAUCAUCACAUGUAAAAGCAUAAUUUGUCGAGAUGGUGGAUGAAUCGACGAAGAAAACUUUAAGUAACAUUCCAUUACUGCAAACAAAAGCCAGUCCCAGAGAUAAAGAUUUAUGGGUACAAAGAUUGAAGGAGGAGUAUCAAGCUCUAAUUAAGUAUGUCAAAAAUAAUAAAGAAGCAGACAAUGAUUGGUUUCGACUGGAAUCAAACAAGGAAGGUACCAAGUGGUUUGGCAAAUGCUGGUACAUUCAGAAUUUCCUAAAGUAUGAAUUUGAAAUAGAAUUUGAUAUUCCUGUUACGUAUCCUACAACGGCACCUGAAAUUGCUUUACCAGAAUUAGAUGGUAAAACAGCAAAAAUGUAUAGGGGAGGUAAAAUUUGCCUCACUGACCAUUUCAAACCAUUGUGGGCUCGCAAUGUACCCAAGUUUGGCAUCGCUCAUGCAAUGGCUCUUGGUUUAGGACCAUGGUUGGCAGUCGAGAUUCCAGAUCUAAUAGAAAGAGGUGUUGUAGUUCACAAGGAAAGUGAAAAGAAAUCAUGAAUAUUAUAGAUAAAUAGUGACAGAAUAACUAAAACGCAAUUAUUGAUCCUUAAGCGACACUUCUCCUGUUCCCCUCUCAAGAGGUUUUGGUUGAGACGCAUCUGGUUUCCAUCCCAACAUAUAUAUUAUCUGAAACGUGGCAGGAACAAAUAUGGUAUCAUCUUCUCUGACUUUUCCAUACAGCUCUUUAUAUAUGGAUGCUGCUGCAAUCAGCGUAUCUCUCGGUAGGUGUAAGUUACGAUUCUUGGCUGCAUUAUUUUCUGCCAUCCCUAGAUGAAUGAAAAUUUUUUGUGUAAAAAAAAUGCAAAAUUUUCUUGUAUGUCUAUUAAAU